AUGUGCCCGAUGCUACUCAACAGCCUAUCUGACGGCCCUGCCAUGGUCCUAUCCCCUCGCCAGGAACACGCCUUUGUUCCGUUUCCUCGCCAUUUUGACUCGGCACCUAAUACUACCUCGAACCCUCUAUUUGCGAAUGGGUUCAGGAAUCACACUGGUCUGUCAAGUACUGGUCCAUCGUCUUUCGGGAGGUUCGGCAUGUCUGCUCCCAUUGCCGGAAAGCCAUCUCGCAAGAGGUCGCGUGAUGAAGCCGCCUUUGAAGAAGCUCUGAAUGCCCCCAGCGCAGCCAUUCUACCCGCACCGGUGUCUGCGCAGAAGGAAGAAGAACCAAUAUACGGAGAAGGCAUGGUUCUUCUUAACCCCCGUACGAAGAUGGCGCUCUCCGCCGAAAGCCAGACGGGAACUUGGUACGAAGAGAUGGUUGAGACUACAGCAAUUACCUCUACUAUCCAGGCGACGAACUCUGGCUCGUCAAGUUUCGCUGGCCGCAAGUCUCAGCGCCUUGACCCUUCAGCUCCCAGGUACGACGAUGUCGCGAUUUCUUCGCUUCAACGAAUGCAAGAAACGACCGACGAGGACAACCGCCGUCACCUCAAUGCCGCAAACCGCUCAAAUCCGUUUACUUCAGGGGAGCCUUUGGUCGAUGACGCGACUCGCCUCCUUGGUAUCAGCUGGCAACGAAUUGGUGUUGAUGAUGACGAUAUUGCGGCCGCGGUGCGUGGCUGGAAAAAAUAUAUCGAUCGACAGUUUUCCGGGUAUAUGUCUGACUGCCAAAUCCUCAUGAAAAACCGAGCCCUGAAUGCUUAUCUCGUUGCUGCGCGACCAGUCACGCCCCUUGGGCUGGGAACUCACGCUGCUUUCUACCUGUUAAAUGAUGAUCUCACUCAGGCUCAGCUCGUGGGUUCUACCUGGGAGAAUGCGGUACAGAACCUUCGAUCCAGCCCAAUUGUUUUCGAGGGUACUCAUGUUUUGAACGCUUCGUCUCGCCCCCUUGACCAAAAUCACAACAACAUACUAUCGGCAAGCACUGUGGAUGCAGGGCUUCCCCUUCUACAAACUCUCUGUGCCCAGCCGGUCAAUGGCGGAAGCGCCGGGCUGAGCAACGGCGUGGGAAUGGGGAUGGGGAUGGAGAUUGAUGCGUAG